AGAUAAAGGAGACAAAUAAUUUAUUUAGGAAGAGACUGCCCCUUCUCUUCAUCUGGUUUAUCGUUGCAAUGGAUUUUAUUCGACAAAUUGGAAUUUUACUCGGGAUUGCGGUGCUUUCCAGCGCGCGUGCCGACAAGACUCAGAUUGAUCCGCUGAUAUACGAGGAACAGUUACUAUGGGUCAGUGGUGGAGCCGGUCAGGUCAACGCUUACAGGAUUCCUCUGCUAACGUUUACAUUGCGUGGAAGCCUGCUGGCGUUCUCUGAGGCCAGGAAAAUGUCUUCUAGUGACAUUGGGGCAAAGUUCAUUGCUCUGAGACGCUCCACAGACAGAGGUGCCACCUGGUCUCCCACCUCGUUCAUAGUGGACGAUGGUUCUCUAGCCGAUGGGUUGAGUCUGGGUUCAGUUGUAGUGGAUGAGGAGACCGGCGCUGUGAUCAUCAUCUACUCUCUGUGUUUUCACCAGUAUCAGUGCAGCCCCUCCAGCACGAUGAUGGUGCAAAGUCUGGAUGAUGGCUUCACCUGGAGUGUUCCACGAAAUCUCUCUAUCGAGCUGGGGGUGAAGAGCUUUGCUCCUGGGCCUGGAUUUGGAAUACAGAAGCGGUAUCCACCCAGUAAGGGCCGUUUGGUGGUGUGUGGCCAUGGCACCAUUGCUGGCGAUGGGGUUUUCUGCAUCUUGAGUGAUGAUCACGGUAGAUCCUGGAGAUAUGGAGCUGCUCUGAAGAGUAUCCCUUACAACCAGCCUAAACAAGACCUGGAUUUCAACCCAGAUGAGUGUCAGCCAGUGGAACUAGAGGAUGGAAGCAUUGUCAUUAAUGUACGCAACCAGAACAACUACCACUGCCGCUGUCGCAUCAUAGUGCGCAGUUUGGACGGAGGCGAGUCUCUGCCCGUUGAGGAGCUGGUGUUUGAUAAAACACUGAUCGACCCAGUUGUAGCAGCCGGAGCCUUGCAGAAACAAGGAGUGAUGUACUUCACCAACCCCUCCAGCACACAACACAGGGUCAAUCUAACUCUUCGCUGGUCUUUCACUGAUGGGAAGUCAUGGGAGAAGGAGGCCGUCCAGAUCUGGGCGGGGCCAAGCGGUUACUCCACUAUGACAUCACUCAAAGGAGGUUCUGCUGAGGACAACAAAUACAUCUUCGUCGUUUAUGAAAAGGGCCACAAAGAUUACUGGGAGACCAUCUCUUUUGCCAAAAUCCAUCUGUAUGGAGGGAAAUAGCACACCGAUGGAGGAGCCGAGAAAAAGGGAAACUUAGGACUUCGAAAAUUGACAGGUUUUUUGGAGAAAACCAAGCUAUCAUCCUGAUCUGAAAUCAGUUUUACAGUUCUUUAAAUAAAAUCGGGUCUGUACUAUGCACUGCUUUUAAGAUUCACUACGGAAAGAAUCAAAAUAUCCUGAAUCAGUGAUUGAGAUCUAGAGUCAUUUAAUUUAUAAAAACACAGCCAUGAUUGUGCCAACAUUUUUACUCGUCUCACUCCAAUGCACAAAUCCUUCUGAAAUAAAAGCAAUUUGAACACGUUU